AUGAGAGGAGAGAUCGCCUUAUCUCAGCUGGUUUCGGAGCUGGAAGAGGAUUGCAAGAAGUUUGCUGCCUCCUCGGGGGCUUCUCUCCCGGAGACGUUCUCCGUAGCACAGGUCUUUGAGGAUUUUACGACACAAGGAAAGCUCAAUACUGCUGUUCUGCAAGCUGCUGUAACUCUCAGGAACAAUGGGUUCAGGACGUGUGUGCUCACAAAUAACUGGAUAGAUGACGGCCCUCAGAGACACAUCAUGGUUCUCGUGCUCUCACUGCUGAGGAGGCAUUUUGAUCUGGUGAUCGAGUCUUGCCGCGUCGGUCUGAAGAAGCCGGACCCUCGAAUUUACGAGUACGCGCUGGGCGUGCUGAAGGCGAAACCGCAGGAGGUUAUUUUCCUGGAUGACAUCGGAGCUAACUUAAAGCCAGCCCGGGAAAUGGGAAUAGCCACCAUCCUUGUCAAGGACACCGAUGCUGCCCUGAAGGAACUGCAGGACCUGUGUGGAAUUCAGCUUCUUGGCCAUGAAGAGACUCUGCCAAUUGCGUGUGACCCAGGGAACCUGACCCAUGGUUAUGUGCCAAUCAAGCCUGGAGUCCAGCUGCAUUUUGUCGAGAUGGGGAAUGGCCCAGUGGUGUGCCUCUGCCAUGGCUUCCCUGAAUCCUGGUUCUCCUGGAGGUACCAGAUCCCUGCUUUGGCUGAGGCUGGCUUCCGGGUCCUGGCUUUGGAUAUGAAAGGCUACGGAGAUUCCACUGCUCCCCCAGACAUAGAAGAAUAUUCCCAGGAAGAGAUAUGCAAGGAUCUUGUGGUUUUCCUGGACAAACUGGGCAUUUCGCAGGCAGUGUUCAUCGGCCAUGACUGGGGUGGAGCUGUGGUGUGGAACAUGUCCCUCUUUUACCCAGAGCGAGUGAGGGCAGUGGCUGGACUGAACACGCCCUACAGACCUGCGGACCCCAAAGUGGAUGUCAUGGAGACGAUCAAAGCCCGUCCUGUGUUUGACUAUCAGCUUUAUUUCCAGGAGCCGGGUGUUGCUGAGCUCGAGCUGGAGAAGGACCUGAGCAGGACGUUUAGGAUCAUAAUCCGAUCCAUCAGGAAGGAGGUAGGGGCGGGGCAUGCGGCUGGAGAGGCUGGAGGGCUUCUGGUUGGCAUGCCAGAAGACCCACCUCCAAGCCAGAUCCUAGCGGGAGCGGAUCUCCAGUACUUCAUCCAGCAGUUUAAAAAGUCUGGCUUCAGGAGACCAUUGAACUGGUACCGGAACAUGCGAGCCAACUGGCUGUGGAGCCUGUCGGCAAAAGACAGGAAGAUCCUGGUCCCGGCUUUGAUGGUUACUGCCGGGAAGGACUUUGUUCUCCAUCCUAAUCUGAGUAAAGGCAUGGAGGAGUGGAUUCCCCAGCUGACCCGGGGCCACAUUGAAGAGUGCGGACACUGGACUCAGAUGGAAAGGCCAGCUGCUCUGAAUAAGAUCCUCAUCAAGUGGCUGGAGGAUGUUCACGACAAUUCUUUGCUGCAGAAGAUUUCAAAACUCUGA